GCUGCCUGGUCUAAGCUGGAAGCUGCCUGCUCGCCUGCAAAGAAAAACACUCGACUCUUCACAAAGGCAGGCACUGGUCUCUCUCCUCCAUAUACACGAGCCUCAACUCGCACUCAAACAGUAGCAUAGUCGUCUGCAGACACGUUCGUUUCUUUACCCUAGAGGAAGACUUUCAAUCUAGACCGCUUCGACCGAACAAAUUCAGACUUCCUCACUCGAUCGACGAUCCAUCUUUCCUCCAUAUUAUACCGAGUUUUCUUCGUUCUUGGGACCUCAAAGAAGGACGAGGGAGGGCAGUCGAAAGCCUCUCUGCACAAUUAAUAUACUGUCCCACUCUCUAUCAUGGGCGAGCUUGCCGAUUAUCUCGCCCAGAACGACCCUUCGUUCCGCCGAGCUCGCCUUCCCGCCCUCUACUCCGACUUUCGCACCCAGAAAGUCCUCAACCCAGAUGGCUACUCGGCUAAUGUCACGGCCUGGCACUCGGCUCUCGCCCGUCUUGCUUGGGAUGGCCAGAUCUCCGCCCUCCCCACCGCAGCCUCGUCGUCCUCCCCAUCAUCCUCACAGCGCCUAGUCCUCGAUUGCGACCCAAAACUCCCCGCAAAGUUGGAAUCUCGCCAGUUCGGCCGCCCGCUAGCCCUCGGCACCGUCAUCCGUGACUCCGUCGACAACGGCGCUCUGUUCCCCUUGCAAGAUUUCCUCGGCAGGCAAGGAAGCAUAUAUCACACGGGUGGGGGUUGGAGCAACGUACCCUGGCGUGCCGCCGCCUGGGCGGUCCGUCAGCUCGGUUUUGGCGCGCCCUCGACGACGCGGGAGGACACCAUACCAAAGGGCCACUUCGUCAUUCUCGCCAACGUAGAAAAGGCGGCGGUAGCCAUAGCGGAGAACAUCGCCGCACGAAGAAGCGACUCGCGCUUCGAACGAACAUUCAACCGCCGCGACUUUGCCCGCGAGAUGCUUGCCCAGCAGCAGCAGCACUCGGUGCUGGCCCCCCCAUCGCUAUCGGGGACAGACACGGACGUGCUCCUCCGGUUUUUAGAGAGGGAUAAGGGGCUCAUUGCCAGCGACGGGCGCACGGUCCGCAUCCGCGGCGGGGCGGACGCGACCGAAGAACCAACCAUCACGGCAGAGGACGAGGCCGUCGCGGAACUGCGAACCCUCAUGGCCGACCUACGGCACCAGACGGCGCUCCUCGGCGCACGCGUCGACGAGCUGACGGCCGAAGCCAAGGCGGCCGUCGCGGCGGGACGGGGCAGCAGCCACGCCACGGCGUUGGGGCUGCUCCGCCGGAAACGGGCGGCCGAGGAGGCGCUGAAACGGCGCGGCGCGGCGCUGGGCCAGCUCGAGGACGUGGCGGGCAAGCUGGAGCAGGCGCGGGACCAGGCGCAGAUGGUGCGGGUGAUGGAGUCCAGCGCCGGGGCCCUGGCGGCGCUGAACCGGGAGGUCGGCGGCGUGGCGCGCGUCGAGGGCGCCGUCGAGGCGCUGAGGGAGCAGGUUGCCGAGACGGACGAGGUGGCUAGGAUCCUCGAGGAGGAGGCCGCGAGUAGCGUGGAGGCUGUGGAUGAGGCCGAGGUCGAUGCCGAGCUGCGCGCGAUGGAACUUGCCGAGCAGGAGCGGGAGGCCGAGGAGAUGCAGAAGAGGUUGGACGAGGCUGGUAUUGUGCCGGUCGAUACCGCGGGAAAAGAGAGGGAGAGGGAGAGCGAGAGACAGAAGCUCCGGCCGGUCACGCCUACGACCGAGGCGGCAGAACGGUUGAUGGAGAUGGCUCUGGAAGAGAAGCCACAACAGGCUUGAAUUCGGGCGGCAGAAUAAUAUUGACGAUGCUUUCUGCCCUCCCCAACUAAGUGCCACGGGAAUAGAAGGCGCAUGGGGGGUAUAUUUGCUCUUUCUCCCUUUAUAUAUAUAUAUCCAACAAGGGCUUCAUACAUGGGCAAAUGCUAUGCCGUCAUCCAACUAGAACUUCUAGCCUAACCCCAAAACCCGUUUGUAGCCAACAUCCCACUGAAAUUGGACUGGUUGUCCCC